CAAGAAUCAUCUCUACUGUGGUUUUCAAAACAGAAGUGUAUCUACAAUUUUUCAACAUCAGUUAUUGUAUUUAAUGUUGAUCUUCGAUUAGUGUUAGAUAUUAGAAUUUUGAUUGAAUGGAUGAUGCCUGGAGGCAAUGAACGGUAUGGAGAGACAUGGACAUGGUCAUGGACAUUCACAUACACACUCCCACCACCAUCACCACCAUCACCAUCAUCAUUCGUCCCAUGGAAAUUCUCAAAGCACAUCACAGAACUCAAGUCAGCCCACAAAACAUAGCCAUAGCCAUGCUACACAUUCACAGAAAGAAUCGGUGGCUGGGCAGACCUCUCAGAAGCUCAGGAACUACAAACUACUCGUUGAUCCAUUCUUAGUAAAGGGAGCAACAAAGCUCUAUCGUUAUGAUGGUGCUGUACCAGGAGAUCCUACUUAUCCCUUGGUGCAGCUUCGCGAUCCUCGAUCUCAACUCACCCGAAUCUGGACUAGACUGGAGCAACUCGACCUACCCGUGCCUCGGUUCAAGAUUGAUUCAAAUUAUUGUGGUGAACCUCCGCCCCUUGAGGUGACAUUUUGUCACUUGAAUGAUAACAUCGACAGAACUUUCUUAACAGACAUGGUUCAAAAAUUUGGUACAAUUGAGGAACUAACUAUUUAUUAUCAUCCACUGACAAAUAAACAUCUGGGAAUAGCCAGAGUCGUUUUUGAAACAACAAAGGCUUCAAAAGCCUGUGUGGAGAAACUUAACAAUACAUCUGUUAUGGGUAAAGUCCUGCGAGUUUUCUUAGAUGCAUUUGGCGAGGAGUGCAAAAAAAUUUAUGAAGACCUUACAAUAGAGAAAAAGCCUGAGAAGAAGAUUGAAAAGGAAGUGAAGCCAGAAAGCGACCAGGAAAAACAAACACCAAUAGAAAAAAAUCCACCGGAAGAGCGUGAAGAAUAUAGGGUCAGUAAAAAGACUGUUUCUGGUUUGGAGAAAUCCAGAGAACCAUACAUAGAGAAUUCAAGGUUUAAUAAAUUUCGUGAUUAUCCUACACCUAGUGGUAGUACCGGAAGUGAUCUCGGUUAUGGUACCGCACCAAGUGAACUGAAUUAUUCCAGUAAUUACUCUCAAAAUUCUACACCAGCAACUAAUUACGAUUACUACUACCCUGGUUACCACCAUCAGCCUCCGAACAGUUACAUGACUAAUCUACCCCAAGGGGUUUCCCAAAAUUUAUCCCUUCCACAAAAUUCUAAUAUGUGGUGGGGAACGAAUUCCGGCCCACCUCCUGGUUACCCACCACCAGCUGUCUGGCCGGCAUCGCACGGACCUAAUCUGGAGAGUCCUAGCUUGUUACCCGUUACCAAGGCUUCCAGUACAAAAUCACAGCAUCAAACGCCCAAAAAGAAAGAGGAGAAUCAGGUGCCAAUAAAGAACUCGUUGCGCGAUUCUCCUGUGGAAUCUCGAAAAACCUUGGAUCUGGAUACCAGGAUUGCGAUGCUCUUGAAGGACAAGGCUGGAGGUAUGGCUCCGCCGUUUCUACAAUUCGGUAGCGAUUCUGAAGAUGAUAAGAAGUCACAACUCGCCGAGGAGGAGAUGCUCUCGGAGCCACCUAGUCCCUUUCUCUCUAUUGAGAUAUACAAGUCUUGCUUUGAAAAGAUGACAGAGCGCAGCAAAGAAAGACGGAAAGUACACGAGAACAAUGUUAAUCAGUUCUCCGUUGACGAGGACUUGGGUAGCGUUAUAAGUUCUAGUGAGGAUGAAGCAUUGUUAGGCAGUUAUAGUCCUGCUCUGGAUGAUGCUGAACCAGAACCACCGAAGGAACCACCACCACCUCCUCCACCAGAUGACGAUAGAAUGUCCUUAAGUCCUUUGAGUUCUGGGGAUGAGAAAAUUGAGGAAGUGGUGGCGCAAACAGAGCCUGCGAAUCAGUUGUACCCAGGAGCUGGUUAUCCUGGACAAUUGGCUCAUUAUCCACACACGGAUGUAUACAAUUGGCCCCGACCUGCGCAAUAUCCUUAUCCUUAUGGAGCGGCUUAUUUACCCAACCAUUAUCAGCCGACGGCUUCAGCUGUACCUGGUGCCGUGGGGACUCCUCAGGGACCUGGAUAUUAUCCAACUCUUCAAUCUAGAUUACAAGCAAUAGCGAAUCACAGCAUUGCAAAAGAUAAACCACAGGGCCCUACCAUUAAUGGGGUAUUAAACAGGGUCGUCAAUGAGCUCAAGCAGAUACUAAAGAAAGACUUUAACAAGAAAAUGGUAGAAAAUACUGCCUUCAAAUUAUUCGAAGUAUGGUGGGACGAGAAGAAAUCAGAAAAGAAUCAAACCACCGGUGGAGAAACUGUUGUUAAUAAUGCCGUCAAGGACGAAACUCCUAAACCCCAAGGACUUUCGUCACUUUUGGAACAGGCCACUCCUCUGGGACUGAAGUAUGAAGGUUUUGGUUUAGGUAUUAGAGCCAGUAUGCCAAAAAUGCCAUCGUUCAGACGCAAAAUCAAAGCGCCCAGUCCAUUACCACAAGAUGAGGACAGUCGUCAAUCGGAUCGUGUCGAUACCGAACCUAUUGAGAGUGGCAGUGAUAUAGACUUGCCACUUGUUCAAAAGGUUAAAAGAUCACUUCCUAGUGCUUCAUCGUCGUCAUCCUCUUCGUCGUCUAAUGAGAGUUCCAGUGUGGAAUCUAGUAGCGAAUCGACAAGUAGUUCAAGUGAAAGUUCUGAUGACGAGGACAGCUCCAGCAUUUCGCAGGAUGAGGACUCCGACGUUCAUGUACCUGAUGAUCGACCUCUAGCAUGUAAUUCCGAGGAUCCUGAUAUCCUUAUGGAAUUCGCUAUUCAGAGAUCACUGGAUUGCCCAACACCUACUGGUCGUGAAACGCCUGUUCCUGAUCUGAAGAUUCAGGAUCCGGACACGAAUGACUUCCCGCAGUAUGAUAACGAGGCUAGCCCGUUAUUAUCGCCUGUAACUAUUCAAGAUAUCAGGGACGGACGUUCAUUAAGAACAGGACUGACAGAAUUGGAAGUGAAACUCGAAAAUAACAAGACGCCGGACAUGGAUCUGGACAAGAUAAAAUCUUCAGAGGAAACGUCAAAGAUUAUGAAGACAGAGAACUUGCUGAUGACAAUGGGCAAAGGUGAACCGCACGAUAUUCAAAAGAUGGAGAGUUCAGCUGCUGAGGCUCUUAUGACUUUAGCUGGACAGGACAACAUUAUCAGGCAUAAAAGUCCUGGACCUAUCCAGCCUAAUAUCAUCAGAGCCCUUCAAACUAUGUCUACGAAGUACAUCAAUGAUGAGCCCAUCCUCAAAGAGUCGGAAAAAAUUGAAAUGUUCAGCGAGAUACCGACCACGGAUUCGGAAGAGGAGAGUCUUGAGAUCAGAAGGUUAAGAUUCCAAGCUGAAUCAGAUCUUCGGUUAAAUGGUCAACGAAGUCCGAGUACACCUGGUUCCCAGGCUUCGCAGGUUUAUAUGGAACACUCGUACUCAUUACCACCGGCUCCGGAACCAUUAGUUGAAUCUGCACCACAACCUGAACCAGUCCCAGUGAAAACGAAACCCCCGAAACCGCUGAAGCCUGAGAGGAUCAAAGACAAGACGGAUAAAAGCAACAAGAGGAAGUACAACAAGUACUCGAAACUGCAUACGCACCAGAGUCGUGAACGGGAGAAAGAAAAUAUACAGAAUGAUUUUGUAUAUGAAAAAUCACCCAGGAAGUUUCAGGAACAGUCUAUCGCAUACAAGGAGAGAGAUCUUAUGUCGGAGAUGGGAAUACUCUAUGAAUUCCUUACCAGAGGUAUCGACGCAGAAGACGUCGAAUAUCUCAGGAGAAGCUACGAAGCUCUGCUCGCAGAUGAUACUCAGGGUUAUUGGCUUAAUGAUACUCACUGGGUGGAUCAUCCUGCAACAGAUAUUCCUAGUCCGGCCAAAAGAAGAAAACGAGACGAGCUCAGAUUACAUGUGACCGGAAGUGCUAGAACGGAAGGUUACUACAAGGUCGAUGUACGAGAAAAGGCCAAACAUAAGCAUCAUUACACUCUAAGUAUACAAAGAACCAAUGACGUGGAAGAAAGCGGAGGUUCUUAUAUAGGAGCUGACGGUACUAUGAACGGACCAAAAACAAAUUCUAAAGCUCUCACCGGAAAAAUGCAAGCUCUGUCACGCGAAGCACGAAGUAAUCAGCGUCGCUUAUUAACAGCCUUUGGAAUUGAUACGGACAGCGAUCUUUUAAAAUUCAAUCAAUUAAAGUUCCGGAAGAAACAGUUGAAAUUCGCAAAGUCCGGCAUUCACGACUGGGGCUUAUUCGCCAUGGAGCCAAUUGCAGCCGACGAAAUGGUUAUAGAAUAUGUCGGGCAAAUGGUUAGGCCUGUUGUAGCUGAUUUAAGAGAAUCGCAAUAUGAAGCGACAGGAAUAGGAAGCUCCUACCUCUUUCGUAUUGACUUGGACACCAUUAUCGAUGCGACAAAGUGUGGUAAUUUGGCGAGAUUCAUCAACCAUAGCUGCAACCCUAACUGUUAUGCGAAAGUGAUAACCAUUGAGAGCCAGAAGAAGAUAGUGAUCUACAGUAAACAACCGAUUGGCGUGAACGAAGAAAUCACAUAUGAUUACAAGUUCCCGUUGGAGGAUGAUAAAAUUCCCUGUCUCUGUGGAGCUCCCCAAUGUCGGGGUACUCUUAAUUAAACAGUUCAUCAUGAUCUCCUACAUCCUCCUGAUUCUCACAACUCAUGGGCGCUACUCAUUUUCUUGUAAAUAAAACUACCCUUCUCCACCACUCUAUCCCACGUUCACCCAUGUAAACAUUUUAUAAAAAUCCAACGAAAAACGAUAAA